GGAAGCCCUCGCAUCACGUCCGAUGGUCCAGUACGUUGCCGACGUCGCCGCGCUCCCUGACUACGCGACCCUCCCCAAGGUUGUCGUUAUCGGCACCAAGGAAACGCCUGCGACAGCUCUCGCGCAACAAGUCCUUGCCCGUUUGAACAACGACUCCCCGGUUGACACCGCGAUCGUUGAACAUGCUGUGUCGAAGUUGUCAGCUGGUGCCGACAGCGCCGCCUCGUCGCACUUGUACGUGUCGUUGGGUGAACGCGGUGUCGCCAGUGUCGUUGUUGCUCAGCUCCCGACCUUCAUCUCCCGCUACAAUACCCUUGCUCGCCCGCAUGCCAUUUCCGCGCUCGUCCGCAGCAACGUGUCUGACACCAGCGAUGUGAUUGUGGCGUUGGCGUUGCCCGAACAUGCCUCUACGACCGUCUCGGCUGGUGUUGCCGUCGCCAAGGGGAUUUCAACCUCGUACAAUCACAAGAGCGGCGCGGCUCAAAGCGGUGUCAUCACCGACGGGGAGUCGACGUCCGUGACGCUCGACCAAGUGGUCGUCGUGUUUGACCACGAGUUGGACGAUUCGACCUUGAAAUCUCUCAACUCGACAGCAACGGGCAUCCACUUGACCCAACGGCUUGUGGACUCGCCUCCCAACGAACUUAACACAGACACGUUUUUGGCCGAAGCCCGCGCUGCUGCCGCGCGCUUGAACGCCGAAAUCACUGUGAUCCGUGGCGAAGAGCUGAACGACAAGGGUUUUGGUGGAAUUUAUGGUGUCGGUAAGGCUGCGGCGCACCCUCCCGCGCUCGUCGUGCUCAGUCACUACCCCACUCCGGAAUCCAAGUCGAUUCCGAGUGUGUCGUUGGUCGGCAAGGGCAUCGUGUACGACACUGGUGGAUUGUCGCUGAAGAUCUCGGGCAUGAUGGUCGGUAUGAAGCAUGACAUGGGUGGUGCCGCCGGGUUGCUCGGUGCGUUCGAAGCCUCUGUGCUUUCCGGUCGCUUCACCUCGCGCCCUCUCCACGUUGUCCUCUGCCUUGCUGAGAACGCCGUGGGUCCGUUGGCCACGCGCCCGGACGACAUCCACACUCUGUACUCUGGAAAGACGGUCGAGGUCAACAACACAGACGCAGAAGGUCGCCUCGUGUUGGGCGAUGGCGUCGCAUACGCCGUCAAGCACUUGAACCCUUACGUAAUUCUCGACAUGGCGACGUUGACAGGCGCCCAGGGCAUCGCGACCGGCAAGCGAUACGCCGCUGUCCUGUCAAACGAUGGAGACCUCGAGGACAGGACGGUCGCGGCCGGCAAAGCGUCGGGGGAUUUUGUCCACCCCAUGCCGUACGCGCCUGAAUUCUUCCGCGACGAAUUCAAGAGCAAGUUCGCCGACAUGAAGAACAGCGUCAAGGACCGCGCGAACGCCCAAGUGAGUUGCGCCGGUCAAUUCAUCGCGAACCACCUCGGCGACUACGAAACCACGGGCAAGUGGGUCCACGUUGACAUGGCGUACCCCGUGACGGAGGGCGACAUCGCCACGGGUUUCGGGGUCGGCCUUGUGCAGUCCCUCUUGGCAUCGCUUCCCUAGAUCACGACUUGUAGUUUCAACCAAAGUUUAUCCGUCUCUGAUGCUUUGUCGACCAUGCGCGCUUCGAAUGCCAAGCACUUCAUCCCGAUCAAGGUCCAUUUCGGACGGCACACCGCGAUGUCGAGUCGACAAUCAUCGUGGUUUCCAUGAAAAGGUCGCGCGCGACAUGCGGGGGUUGGUCCAGCGCAGCCGCCGAAUGCCACAUGGUUGAAAGCAUCAUCGCUCGUGCCGCGUGGCGUCCGCGCAGCGACAUGGAACUGGCAGCCAUGUGGCGUGACUUGUACCCAAAAGAACGUGUCCAAGAGAAGGAGAACUGUACUACUGUCCACGCAGGUUUGGGUGCCAACGAGGGGCGAGCAGCCACUCACUUGAUGCAGGACGUUGUGUGGGGCACGAGCGCACCAGCAGCAGCACAUGGAGCCGCAGGAUCUGGGAAUCAUGCGAUUCGUGACUGGUCGCGUGCAGCUGGCGAUCCGAAAAAAUUAACGCGAGCUUUGCGUCACCACAGCGACGUCAUGGUGAGGGCGGCGUCCUGGGUUGUUGGGUGAAUCAAGUCGUCGAUGGGGUUGAGUUGAUGCUGGAGGCCAUGGGAUCGCACCACCUAACGGCGCCCAAGAGUUAUUCCACGACGUG